AUGAAGCUCUUUACGGGUAAAUCUUCACUGUCGCUACUGAUACUGCUAUUUCUCCUGUUAUUACUGAUUUCAUCGAUUCCUUAUGCUGAAGCUUGUCUGCUGUGUUUCUUACGACUACCUCCAAGGCCGCGGUCCAUCGAUCAUCUCUGGUUGUCGGCUCUCGAAGACGUCAAUCUUCCGGAUACGGCUGCCGAAAUGUGUCAAAUUUCGCGUGAUCAUUUGCCAUUUCGGCCGAAAUGUCGCCAAGGUUUGGCGAAAAUUUUUUGCUCACUAUCGGAUUUUCUGGACAAUAACUGGAAGGAAUGCUACUCAGGCGGAGGCGAAGAUGGUUUUUUGGAAUGCGCCAACUGCUCAUUAAGCAAACUGAAAAUCCUGCAGCAAACAUCUUGGGUUGUUACAUGUAAGGUUGGAUUCGUUGGGAAAAAUGCCACCAGCGGUUAG